CGUCACAGCACAGCAGCUCGUGCACUCGCUAGCGUUCUUGUGGGUGUGGGAGCAACUUUAGGAAACAAAGUAUCCGCAAAGUCUCGCCUGUUUAAAUAUUUUACAGAAAGCUUUCAACAUUCAGGAGAGCUAAAGAGACGUUCAGCUAACUUUUCUGGUCCUCUCUCAGGUCUCAAUAUGUCUGAUGGGGACUAUGAUUACCUCAUUAAGUUCCUGGCAUUGGGGGACUCUGGUGUGGGAAAGACCAGCUUUCUCUAUCAGUACACAGACGGCAAAUUCAACUCCAAAUUCAUCACUACAGUGGGCAUAGACUUCAGAGAAAAACGAGUGGUGUACAAAUCGAACGGUCCUGAUGGCACCGCCGGCAAAGGUCAAAGGAUUCACAUCCAGCUGUGGGACACGGCCGGACAGGAGAGGUUUCGGAGUUUAACCACAGCGUUCUUCAGGGAUGCCAUGGGAUUUCUGUUGCUGUUUGACCUCACGAAUGAGCAGAGCUUUCUUAACGUCCGAAACUGGAUGAGUCAGCUGCAGACGCAUGCAUACUGCGAGAAUCCUGACAUUGUGUUGUGUGGGAAUAAAUCUGACCUGGACGAUCAGCGUGCUGUGAAAGCGGAAAGCGGGCGAGAACUGGCUGAGAAAUACGGUGUGCCGUACUUUGAGACGAGCGCCGCGAGCGGUGAGAACGUCAGUCAUGCCGUGGAGGUUCUUCUGGAUCUCAUCAUGAAACGAAUGGAAAGAUGCGUGGACAAAUCCUGGAUCCCGGACGGAACGGUCCGCUCAAACGGACACAGCACCACCGACCUCUCCGAGACAGGGGACCCCGAACAGAGCAAGUGUGGCUGCUAAUACUAUGUUAAUGAUGUCACUUCAUGUUAAUAGUAAUAAUCCUCCCUGUGUUUUAGAAGCAGCGAAGGCUCUCUGAUCUUCAUCGGUGUGUAGUUUUAGUCGCAUUCAGAUCAGAGUAUCUGUGUUGUGUUAAUCCCAUCCUCAAAUUGAUGUUAUUGUCAAACUGGGUGGACUCCAGAUUACAUCAACCUCACUGCUGGUAACCGAUUUGACGUAUUUAAGGGCUUUGUGAAAGUAUUGCACAUCUUUAUUUCAAAACCCUUACUGUUAGCACACACACACAUCUGUGUAGUGUUUAAUGCUAGACCUAGACAAAAUGCAGGCAGUGAAUGUAAGAUCACUGAAACUGAUUUCCUUUACAAAGAAUGUCCUUUAAUAUAUAAAUUAAUUAAUUAUAAACUUUACUACAAGUUUCUAGCAGUUCAGUUUGUAGGUUUGUGACGAUUAAAUAGCAACCACAUCAAUGUCACUUUUUAAAUGAGAUUAAAGUAUCCAUAAACACUUUUUAAUGCAUUACUAUGUUAUCUUUAGUUAUGUGUAGAUGUUCAUAAAAUGACUAUAUAGAUAUUGUAUUCUAAUGUAGAUUAGUGGUCAUCAUGUACAUUCGUUUAGACAUUUCACCAGGUGUUGGCUGUGUUUCUUUGUGCUUUUGGUGUCUUGUAGCUGUACACACACACACACACACACACACACACACACACACACACACACACACACACACACACACACACACACAC